ACCCCUCCAAAGAGCCCAGUAUGAAUGAUUGUAAAUCUUAUUUGUGUUAUUGUAUUUCUAGCAGAGUCAAAGAGGGAAAAAAAAGUGAGUUUUAUUUAAGUCAUAGUUUAAAGUGAGCUUCAAUUUGAACUUGGAACAGAAAAACAAUGCAUUCUCCUGUCAUAGUUGGUUUAUUUUACUUUCUCCUAAUUAAGGCUUGGAAGAACUUAACUGUCCAGUGUGAAGCCUAUAUCACAGUAAAGCAAUAUCCCGCCAUAGCCUCUAUUAAAUAUGGCACGUCUGCACUUCUUGAUUGUAUAUUUGACUUCCAGUUUCUAUCAGAGGCUGAAAUUGAAGUCGACUGGAAUAUUCAACUGCUGCUUUUAAAUGAUUCCAUGAAGAAAAUAACCAUGUCUUCAAAGAUGUUGCCUUUAAACCAAAGUGCUUCGUUGUCAAGGGAUAAUGGAAAGUACAAGCUCACAGGCAAUCUUCUAAAAGGUGUAGUCUUCUUAGAAGUGAAGAAUCUUCAACCACGGGACGUUGGUCUGUAUACCUGCACAGUGGCACGCCUGAUACCACCUCCGUAUCUAGAAGGAAGUAGCAAUGGAACUUACAUCUGUGGAAUAGAAGAUACAUUGCAAGAUUCCUGCAAGUCAUCAGAAACUAAAUUUAUCAUAUGCCUGGGGACUCUGGCAGCCUGUACAUUUGUGAUCAUCAUGGCUACCAUAAUUUAUGUACAGGUUACAAGAAAAUCUACCUGCACAAGUUCUCCUUCACUGCCAAGUAGAGACUCUGUGGUAUACGUGGAUAUGAAAAAUUUUGCAAAACAAAGCACUAACAGCGAAGAAUGAAAACUAUGGAGCUAGAAAUGUUGGAAAGUGGCUAUCCCAGCCUUGGUUGAAAAAAAACUCUAGAAUGAUUGGAUUUUUAAAAUCAUAAAGCAUGAUGGGUGUAGAGCACUAUAAUGCUCUUCUUAAGCAUAGUUUGGUGGGAUUUUGAUUUGUUUUUAAACAUUGUAGAACCAGAAUUUGUUAUUGUAGCAUGUAGUUCAGGCCCUUAGUCAGCAAAGUACUUAAGCAUUCACUUGAGGUUAAGCAAGUGCUUACAUUCCAUGGAGUUCAAUGAUUAGCUAUUGUUAGCUGCACAUUGUCUUAAUUUUUUAUGGUUUCUCUUACCACUUUUUUGUUGUAUUUUAGCCUUUAUAAGAAGCCAAUCUUUUUGUGGCUGCCCAAAUAGGGAUUGCAGCAACUUAACAGUUGUUUUGAUUUGUUUUUAAAAGCAAUCUUGAUGAACCCCUGCAUUAUGAAGAAUUCUGACUAACUAGUGAACACAGUAAAGGAGCCCAUCCAUCUUGAUGGAAGAGCAAGGCUCUAACCAGCUGCAUGUCUUAGUGGUUCUGAGUCAGUUUUCACAGCAGUAGAAUUUUUUAAGUUAUGUUCUGGCCAAGUUCUAGUUUGGCUGUUUGUUUUCAGCAUGCCUACAAUCCCUUGCACUUUCAACUAGAUAGAUACAAUAUUCUUCUUAGCUUCCAAUGUUACUCAGUGUUGCUUUGAGCUGUGAAACCAUUACUGCUUGUAAAGGUACCUGCAUUUCAGAGGUGGGAGUAAUAAUGAAUGUAUAUGGGGGUGAAAAUAAUUCAAUCAGGAAAGUUUCUACUCUUAAAUGGAAGGGUCAUUAGAAAAUCAUGAAAUUCCAUUUUUUCCCUUCACAUUAGGAGAACACAUAGGAUCGCUGAGCAUUAGAAAUGAAAGCCAGUUCCUACAGUACAUCCCUAUCACUGAUAGAAAAUGUAACUAGGAAGUAGAACAUUUGGAUUAACUAAAUCCAUAGGCACAGGAAGUAGGGGUGCAGCGGCACCCUCAGGUUUUAAGCAGGACCGCUGGCCCUGUGCCCAGGGCUCCACACCCCGCUCAGGAGCUGGUUCUGUGCCCAAGGCCCUGAUCUCGGCCCUCUGCCUCCCUGGCCCUGUGCCUGGGGCUCAAGUCCGGGCUAACGAGCCUGCACUCCGAUCCCCAACCCAGCACCCAGGGCCCCAGCUGCUGUCCUGGCUCUGCACAUGGAGUCCCAGCUGCCAGCCCCUGCCCAGAGCUCUGCUCUUGGCCCCAGCCCCACCUGUGGCCAUAGCCUUGGGCUUCUUAUCCCUGUUUUGGUCCCCCCUCCCAGACACACAGCCCUGCUCCCAGCCUCAGCUGGGGGGGCAGCAUGGGCAGGGGUAAGGGGGUUGGCUUUCAGCACUCCCAAUACUAAAAGUGUUUCAGCGCCACUCACUAAAUCCAUUUUAUUUCAUAUUCCAUGCACACACUAAAUUGUCUGUAUAAAGUUUUAGUUAUUGUCCCCUUCUGAAUACAAUUUGUAUUUUUAAAACAGUGUCAACAGAAAGAAAAACAUGCACAAAACUUAAAAUAAAUAAAACUCAGCCUCUGAAGAAGAGAAGGUAUCAAGAGGAGACAUGUUGGAGCCAUAUGAAAUAUGGUACAUGUGGUUGAGAGAUGAGGUGGGAAGAGCUUUACAAGAGGACAGUUCAUCUCUUCUCCUACUUGGUGGUACUCAACUACCUGUCCCUCUCUGGAAAGGCUUGAAGUAAGGAAAUUGUCUUGAAAUAAGAAGAGUGAGAUGAGACUUGAGCCACAUGAAUCCUUUAAAUACACACAUUUAAAGGGUUCAUACAACUGUCCAAAGUGGAGCUGAGUGGGAAACGGUUAAAAAAAAUUCCAUUCUAAUCAGGACCAAAAGUGAAAAAACUAAGUUUUCAUGAACGAAUAAUCCCAAAAAAGUCAACCAAAACAUGUCAGUAAUUUCGGUUGACUUUUUUUGUAGAAAAAAAGUCCACUGAAAUUUGAAACAAAACCUUUUUGCACAAAACUCAAAAACUUAUUUCAAAAGUGUCAAAAUAAGACACUUAAUUUUGAAACUUUUUUUUUUUAAAUCAGGAGACUCAUUAAAACAGACCCUUUCUAGUAAACAUUCUUUUGUCUGAAAAUGCUGAUUUGUCAAAACAAAGACAUUUAGUCUGAAAACUCCCAAUCAGCUCCAGUUCCAACUACCUAAUGGCCAUGAGUCAAACCUACUAGAGGACACAUACAGAACACACAUCUGGAGCAAAAUUUCUCUUCCAAGAGAAUCAUUAGAAAAAUAAAGGGGCCUGUCCUGCUUAAUUAAACAAAACAAAAAAAAAUUUGCUAUAGAACAGUUUUCCUCCCGCGAAGAGUAAGGGAUGAGAAUCAGGUGAAUCAACUGUUUCUUUCAUUCUUAAUCACACCCAGAAUGUCCAAGCACUUGCCAGAAAGGGCACUGUCAGUAGUUGGAUAGAUCAUCUGCUCUUUAGCCCAGGGUUUACCCAGGCCUGUCUUCAUUAUAGCCAUAAUUUUCUUUAAUGACACUUCUAUUUAUUUCUCCAAAUCCAAAGUGCUUGUUAGUGCAUGUUAGGGAGGUGGUGGAAUCUCCUUCCUUAGAAGUUUUUAAGGUCAGGCUGGGAUGAUUUAGUUGGGGGAUUGGUCCUGCUUUGAGCAGGGGAUUGGACUAGAUGACCUCCUGAGGUCCCUUCGAACCCUGAUAUUCUAUGAUUCUAUGUUAAAGGUCUCAGACUGAUAGCCUUUCACUUGGCUAGGUGAAACAAAGAGCAGCAAUACAAGGCUCUGCUCAGGGCUCUGCAAAUGUCACUCAGCACUGCCUGUCAAGAUCACUUAAGAGUAAGCAGCACUUGGUUCUUCAUGCCCACUCUUAUAGAGCAAUACUUUGAUCAUUAUCCAAAUGCUACUGCUAAGAACAACGAUACUGCUGUGGUAGGGCAAUUACUGAAGUGUUUUUAAGAGCAUUUAGUGUUUAGGUUGUCUGUGUUAACUGUAAAUGAGAAGGCCAUUAGUGGUUGGAUUUGUUUGUGUGGGAGGAAGCAUACCUGAUCCAGUAGACUUGAUCUCAGUCGAAUUCCAUUUUUCAUAGGAACCUAACAGCCCUCAAAAGAGGACAAUGUUCAUUCACUCUCGGCCUAAGCCAUGUUCGAACCAGUGAGGUGAAAGACUAUUUGAAUCCCACUACCAAUCCCCCUGAGCCAUCCAGGCCUUCUACAAUAUUUCUUUUAAUCUGGUUACCACAAGCCAAUAACCUUUCUGGAUAGACGCUACCAGUACCUUCUCUAAUACUUCACCUACAUGCAGUCAGGCAGUUUCUUAAAUCUUUUAUUCUAGCACCGUGUAACUAGCAUGAGAAUCACUUGCUUUUCUCAGCAUUAUUGCAGUUGUCUUCUUCCUGCCUCUCCUAGUAUAAACAGAUUUCUCUCUUCUCCAAGGGUUAAUUCACUUGUGCUAUUCUCUCACUACUGACUUUUCUUAAAAGAAGCAAGAGUAAGAUUUGAAAGGCUCCAGUAAGCUUAUGCAUAAGUAUUAAUUGGGAUUCUGUUCCCAUGGAGACAGAUAUCAAGAUGCUCAGGAGGAGACAAAAUUACCAGGACAAUAUAUCCCCAGCCACAUGCUGCUUUUACUAUCUAAACGAUAGUUCAGCCAUGUUACAUGGAAGAAAGUUAGCUGGACAACUAAUUUGUACAGAAAAGUGUUAAACGGAGACAUUAGUCUCACUUAUUGCUAACGGCUCCAAAACACACUAUAAAAAUGGGAGGUCAAAUUAAGAUUAAGGAGCAACAGAUUUGUAGAUGUUACUGUAAAUCUCAUCAACUAAGAGAAUAAUAAAGCUUUAAAUUGACUUAGCAGGAGAUCAGGCACAUGAGGUUAAGAAUUAGGUCAUCGAGCAUUCUGUGAUGUUGCUAAUAAGGGACUGAUAUCAAUGAAGGUGAAUAACCUUUGCUCAUAUCCUUCAUUUAUCUUCUUAACUAUUAUCUUAAUCCUCACUAAGUAGCACAAAGCCCAGCAUUACAAAUCCUCGCUCAGCUUUUGGAAUAUUAUUUUCACCAAAUGAAAAUCUUUAAAGCAGUUGUCUGUCAUACUCAGUGGUAACAGUGCUUCAUUCUCCAACACCCAUGGCUUUCCUCAUCAGCCAAUUUGCUGUUCCAAUUACAUUCUUCAUCAGCAGAAACCCCUUCAUGCUGUAUGGAGAGUUUACCAUCUAACAAUCUUCAAGGAAGGCAACAGGGCUAGCAGAGUCAGGACCCCUGGAUUACAUUGCUGGCUCUGCCACCGAUUCCCUGCAUGAUCCAGGUGGAGUCACUUAACGUCUCUGGAAAAUGACAACAUUGAUAUUUAUGCCAUUGUAGCUACUGGGGUGUUUUGAACUUUUACUUGUGUACAAUGCUUAGAGAUCAUGGCAUGGAACAAGAGUGUUUAUUACCUAAAGAACCGACUUUCAUCCUUGCUUGUUUCUCCCAACUCCUUGUUCACUUCAGGUCCUCUUUUAGCUGCAUCUCAUCUUUUUUUAAUUCCUCUGUCCUUAAAAUUUUGACCAUUCAAUUGCAUUUAUUUUUACUCCCUCUUUUACUGUCCCCUCCAUCUCUUUCAAAUUUUCCAUUAUCUUCACUUACUGUUUUCCUUGCCAUCUUAUCUUCAGGAUGCUCUUUCCUCUUCAGUCCUUUAUCCUGCAUCUCUCCCCACCCCCUUCCCAUAGCCAUUCUCCAGAAAAUAAGCUUAUGUAUAUAAAAAAAAAGGAGGGAAGGUAUUUUAUUUUCCUUCUCCCCAGGGCUGUCUUGCUAAAAAAUAGCUUGUUUUUAGUACAGUACCACCUAGAGGUCCCAAAUGACACAGGGGUGGGGGUGGGGGGGGAAGGUAAAAUUUCCCCAUUCAAAGGAAUUUAGGCACCUAAUUGGAAUUGUUGAUUAAGUAGCUCUGAGCUUGUGGGCCUAAGUGACUUGCCUAUGGUCACACAGGAAGUGUAUGGCAAAGCCCAGAACUGAGCACUAACCUCAGUCCCAUUCUGGUGUCUUAACCACAAGAUCAUCUUUCCUCAAAUGAUCCUUCCAAAAAUGUUAAGAGGUUAGCCCACAGCAACCAUAGCACUGUGGAUGAUCUGCUCUCGACCCUAAUGGAGUUUCUGGUUGUUUCACCUUAUGCCCACUGCACAUCUCAGUACAAACUCAGCCAGGGUUGUGCUAUGAGCACAAGCAGAGCUGCUGCUACCCGUGUAAGAAAAUUGGUUUCUACAUGGUUGUAUAUUUAAAAACAGAAAGAAUAGGGUUUUUUGCAACUAUUUUUGUUACUCUUGGACUCCUGAUUCUUAAAUAAGCACAAGAAAGUUAGCUUGGAAGAUUAUGCAUGGAAAUAUUACUAAUAGUAACAAUGUAAUGUACUUCAGCAGAGAGGAAUUAGAAGAUGUGCAGUUACAAAUGAUCUUUCCCUUCUUUUAUCAGACACAGGAAGCAGGAGGUUUCCAUCUCAAUGAUGGAGAGACAACGCGCUGCUGCUGCUGCACAGGCUGUAAGGGAACAGCAAAAGAAAUGGAGGGGACAGCAUUAUACGAACCACUCAGUUCCCUUCAGAGUGCGAAUCUGUCCUGUGCAGCAACAGCAGGAUGCAGACUGUAAUGCAGAGCAGAUUGCUUCUGAUUGGGUGGUUGAGGUGAGGUUGACUUGUCAAGUGGAGGUUUGAGCCAUGUUCCCACCCAGAAAACUUGCACUUGGGAACACCAUAGAGCAGACAGCAGAGUUUGCCCCUCACCCCCUGCUCCCAGUUUGUAGCAAGGAGAAAACUGCCAAAUGCCAAUCCAGCUAUUGGAGCCCAUUAAUUCUCUUAGAUUAAUGGGUGCAAGGAUCCAGG